AUGUCCGAGCAUACAAGCAGCAGCAUCGUCCCUCCGGCGCAGGACCUGUAUGCGGCUCCCGCAUCCGCCUCGCUCUACCCGCCGACGAAUUCAGUCGACCAGGCUCACGGUUCCGACGUUCCGCGCGCCGACGCCUCGUCGAGCAACGGCCACGGAGGGUCAAAUGGAUCCUCCAUCAGUGCGCCGGCUUCGGCCUCGUUCGGCACGGAUCUUCCCGCGGCGACGUCGGCGCAGCCACCUGGGCCAGCCAAUGGAGACGGCGGCAUCAAGCGUGAGGAUGGGCAGCAGCAGCAGCAGCAGCACGCCGGUGGCGGCGUCGAUGAGGCGGCCGCCGGCCGCGCCUACCCAGACGGCGGACCGACUGGCAUGGAGCCGCCGGCCAAGAAGGCGCGCACCGACGACGCUUCCGAGGGCCAAGGGUCCGGUGGCCAGCAGGAUGCGCCGCUCGAGAUCACGCCGCAGCAGGUCAAGUUUGCGCAGAACACGAUCAAGUCGCUCAAGAACCGGCGGGAGGCCCUCGCCUUCCUCCGGCCCGUCGAUCCCGUGGCCAUGGGCGUGCCCCACUACCCGCAGGUGAUCCGCAACCCCAUGGACCUCGGCACGAUUGACAUCAAGCUGGCGCUGACGGCCAUGGUGCUCAAGCCCAACGCCAAGCCCAGCGAAAAGGUCAAGGCGGCGGCCGAGUGGAAGCUCGACCCGUCGCGCGACUACUACCGCAACUUGCGCCAGUUUGACGCCGACGUCCGACUCGUGUUUUCCAACUGCGCCACCUUCAACGGCCCCGACAGCCCCUUCACCGAGUCGGCUAGGGUGCUCGAGGCCGCUCACGACAAGUACAUGAAGGAUGCGCCUGCCGCGUCGGCGCCGCGCGAGAUCCACCCGCCGCCGUCCAAGGACCUGCCGUGGGCCAACGAGCCGCAGGGCGCGACGUCGUCGGUGGUGCGCAAGGCGGCCAGCCGAAAGGCGGCCAGCCGGGCGGGCAAGCUCUCUGCGCGCGAGGAGGCGCACUACGCCAAGGUGGCGCUGGAAGAGAUCAAGUUCUGCACGCGGGUGAUUGACGACCUGAUCAAGCCGACCUACCAGCACCUGGCCUGGGUGUUUUACGAGAUGCCCGAGCGCAACCUGGACUGGUCGCCGGCCUACUACCAGCUGAUCAAGCGGCCGACGGCGCUCAAGGUGAUCCAGCGCAACAUCCGGGCGGGCAAGUACGCCGACGCCGAGGAGUUUGACGCCGACAUGCAGCUGCUGUUUGGCAACUGCUUCCUCUUCAACCCGCCCGACUCGGACGUGUACGCCAUGGGCAAGGAGCUCAAGGGCAUCUACGAGGACAAGAUGAAGAAGAAGCCGGCGCCGCCGCCGCUGCUGCCCGACUACGAUGACAGCGAUGCCGAUGAGGACGAGGACGCCGAGGGCGACGACGACGACGACGGCAUCGACGCCGAGGCGCUCGAGCGCCUGACGGAGCAGAUUGCGGGCCUGCAGAGCACGCUGGCGACGCUCGAGGGGGCAAAGUUCCAGAACCACGAGCUCAUCGCCAACACCAAGCAGCUGCUCUCGUCGCUUCAGCAGACGUACGCAUCGUCGGGCAGCACCGCCGCGCCCAAGAAGGCCAAGGCCAAGGCGGCGGCCGACGACGACGUGCGCGUGGUGACGUACGAGCAGAAGGAGGAGCUGGCGGCCAAGAUCCAGGAGCUGUCCGAGGAGCGUUUGGACGGGGCGAUCCGGAUCAUCAACGAGGACAAGCCGGCGGGCCAGGCCGACGAGGAGGAGAUUGAGCUCGACAUUGACGAGCUGUCUGCCAAGACGCUGUACAAGCUGUACAAGUACGUGGUGCGACCGAGCAAGAAGGCGGCGGCUGCGGCGGCGGCGGCGGCCAAGAAGGCCAACGGUCGUUCUGCGCCGCUCGACGGGCGCAAGCGGGGCACGGGCGGGCUCAAGAAGAAGAACCUCGACGAAGGCGAAGAGGCGGAGCGUAUCCAGAGGCUGCAGCAGCAGCUGGAGCAGUUUGGCAAUCCGGAAGCGGCAGCAGGCAAUGCAGCUGCGACGGGGAUGCACGACGAUCUGGUACACUCGGACAGCUCGUCGGAUGGCGAGAGCGGCUCGGACUCGGACUCGGACUGA